AUGGACCUCACCUUCCAUAUCAGUCAAGACGGAAGAGUCCCAAAAAGAACAUACGCCAGAGGCGCAUGUGAGAAGUGCCGCCUGAGAAAGAAAAAAUGCUACCACCAGAAAUCAAACCGACAAUCAGGUUUAUCUACGCCACUGCGGCCGACUACCCAGUUUGUUCAGUAUUCUCCAGCUGCGACUCAAGGGUCGCGAUCCCCAAUCGGUGUUGUGGCGUCGCAGCAGCUUCCUGGCGAGCCUGCAGAGCCCAAGCUACAGAGUGCCCCACAGUCCUCUCAAGCUUACGUCGAAAGGCAAAAGUAUACUCCCCAAGUCUCCCGGAGGGACUCAUGCACUCAUCGCUUUAUCGGUGACUUGAACCCAGUCGUGCUUUUUGUCGACGAUGGUAGUACGAGACUCAUGCGUGGGCGUGCUCAUCAGCGGGAUGUUGGAGUCUGGCUGGAUCGGGAAAAUGAAUUUAUCGAAAAUGGCGAAAAUUCUUUCCAUGAAGAACCUUCAUCGAGCAGUAGCAGACACCAGAUGUCUCGGCAGAAGCGACAUUCAGGGCGCCCGGGCGCUCUUCUUCCGCCACGACAAACCCAAGAAGCGUUGAUAAACAUUUUCUUCCGUCGCAUCCACCCCGUGCUUCCUUUGGUCCAUGAGGAAGACUUUCAAGUGCACUUUCGCAAUGGUACUGUUUCUCUGUACCUUCUGCAGGCAAUAUGUCUGGUCGCCUCAAAGGAACGCGAUGCAGGACCAAUGCUCCGGCUUGGGGAUCGCAUCGAACCCAUGUCUCCUUGCAGAUUUAGCAAUCUUCUAUACGAAGACCUUUGCCAGGCCAUUACCAUGCGUCUGGAGCGGAAACGAAUGACUUUAAUACAAAUUCUUGCCCUUGUUUCGUUGCAUGCUUCAGGACCCAAGAGCUUUGAGGACGCGUCCUUGUACCUAGCUCAGGCCAUCCAUCAUGCUCACACUGUCGGGCUACACUUUUUAAAAUGUGGGCCUGAGAGACAUGAAAAACCGCUAGUUACACUGUUUUGGUGUCUAUGGAGUCUUGACCGAUGGAUUGCGGCCAUUCAUGGGAGGCCGUUGGUGAUUCACGACCGAGACCUAGGCCAACAGCUCACAGACGUGAUUGACCUCUUCGACGGCCCCUUUCGCGUUUGGCUUUCCCUGGCGUCAAUACUGGGCGAGGUCAUGGUGGUGUAUCGGCCGACCCUGGAUGCCCCCGUAGAUGAGAAUAAACCCGAAAUUCCCCGCUUCGAAGAACUGAUUGCGAAAUAUCAAGCGGAGGAUAUACCUAUGGAUCACAUACACUCACUAAGCUACCUCAGUGUCUUUCGAAUUGGCGUAUCAUGCAAUAGCUCUUCUAGCCUCACGGCCAUGGGGACUCAAGGCUCAACCGAGGUCUCACGCGCUGUACCUGCGACAGGAUCUCGCUGUAUAUCGCAUAGCCACCCUGUUACAAAUGUGCGCCAUCAGUCAGUUCACGCCUUUGCCGACCGUUGCGUAUUCGAUAUCACUCGGGUUCUCCAUAUCCUAUAA